ACACAGACUUGCUGCAGCUGCUUAGCGAUAUAUUUUUCAGGAUCCUUCGUUUCUUUCUCAAUCCACGGGCUUGGAGACCCCCCCCAGCCAUGAGGUUGCCAGCUUGGAUUGAGCCACCAUGAAGCUACUCCUGCGAGCUGUUGUCUGUCGCCCGGCAGCCUGUACAAGGCCUUCGUUUCGAAAUGGCUUCGCGACAAGCUCCCCCGUGCUGUUUAGUGGCCGGACAACCCCUGGCCAACUCGGGCCCCAGAAAUGCGCGAAAGAAGAAAUACGAAGUCUUCAAAUCCAUGGUCAACACGCAGUUCAACAAGGUUGUUGACGAGAUGAGCUCCUCCGAUAUUAGACAAGGACUGAAGGGCUUCGGGAUACGAAGCGGCCAUGCCCUGGCGAACGAAGUCGUCCUGUUCCGCAAGACAAUAGCCCAGGCCAUGGCCAUGGCGGAACGAGGCAACGAUAACCGGAACACCAACCCCCUGUUUUGGGCCCUUCGAAAUGCCUUUAUCCGCGGCGACGUCAAGGGCUUGGCCUCCGAGAUUCGAUAUUCCUUCCAGAGCUUCAUGAUUCGCGCCCGCCUCACGGGCGCAGUUGGCAAAAGCCAGAAGCAGCUUGCCGAUUUCCGCUAUCCGAUGGAGUGGUUCCCUGCGACCAGGGCCAUGCAGCGGACCAUCCACCUCCACGUCGGGCCGACCAACUCCGGCAAGACCUAUCACGCCUUGAAAGCGCUCGAAUCCGCCAACUCGGGCAUCUACGGAGGGCCGCUGCGUCUGCUGGCCCAGGAGAUCUACGCCCGCUUUCAAGCCAAGGGGAAGCCCUGUGCCAUGGUGACGGGAGAGGAGCAACGCAUCCCCCAGGACGCCGAUAACUACUUCAUCAGCUGUACCGUGGAGAUGACGCCCUUGAACCGGGUCGUCGAAGUGGCCGUCCUUGACGAAAUCCAGAUGAUCGGAGAUCCCGAUCGCGGCUGGGCCUGGACCCAAGCCCUGCUCGGUGUCAUGGCCAAAGAGGUCCACCUCUGCGGCGAGGAGCGCGCCGUCAAUCUGAUUCAAUCCGUUUGCGCCGCCAUUGGGGACAAGUGUAUCGUGCAUCGCUACAAGCGGCUCAGUCCCCUGGAGACCAUGAACGAGAGUCUAAACAACGACCUGAAAAACCUGCGCAAGGGCGACGCCGUCAUUGCUUUCAGCCGUGUCAACCUCCACGGUCUGAAGAAAGCCAUCGAGGAGGAAACGGGUCGCCGCUGCGCCAUUGUCUACGGUUCUUUGCCGCCCGAGACGAGAGCGCAACAGGCCGCUCUUUUCAACGACCCCGAUAACGACUACGACUUUUUGGUUGCGAGCGACGCCGUCGGCAUGGGCUUGAAUCUGGAGAUCAAACGCGUCGUUUUCGAAACGGUCACCAAGUUCGACGGGACCAACGUCCGUCGCCUGACCACGUCUGAAACGAAGCAGAUCGGAGGGAGAGCGGGUCGGUUCAAGACGGCCCGGGAGGCGGCGCAGGGAGACGGCUCCGCCCUCGACGUCGGCAAGGAUCCGGCGGACGGCAAGAUGGGCUACGUCACUACCCUCGACCAAUUGGAUUUAGAAGCCGUCCGGGAGGCUUUCGAGUCGGGCAUCGAACCGUUGGAGGCAGCCUACAUCAGCCCACCGGCGUUCAUCUUAGAACGCUUUUCCGAGUACCUGCCCCCCGAUGUCCCGCUCUCCUUCAUGUUGCUGCGGAUCCGCGAGCUGGCGAGAGUUUCGCCCAUGUUUCUCGUGGAAGUCUCCCCCGACGCCCUUGCCAUGGCCGAUGCCAUCCAAAGCUACCCGCUUACCAUCCACGAGCGCCUCGCCAUGAUGAACGCGCCCGUCCAACUGCGGGAACCGGGCAUGCCCGCCCUCGUCCAGGCCAUGGCCCGCUGCCUUGCGACCCGGAAGGGAGGCGCCUUGUGCGACCUGAAAGAGGUCGACCUCGAGAUGCUGGACAAGACCCUGGACGACUACGGCGGGAACGGACGCGACUACCUCCGCCACGUCGAGUCGCUGCACCACGCCAUCACGCUCUACCUGUGGAUGAGCUACCGGUUCGCCAACGUGUUCGUCAGCCAGAAGCUGGCCUUCCACGUGAAGGACCUCGUGCAGGCCAAGAUUGAGCAGUACCUCGACACCUCCGUCUCGUUCCGCACCGACAAGCACGAGAUGCUGCGCGACGUCCGGCGUAGGGAGGCCCUCAAGCGCGAGAGGGAGCAGCAGCGCAUUUUCGGCAAGAGCGCCACGGCUGCGGCGGAAGCCGUUGCCGAACAGGGUCCUGGACGAUGGAACGAGCCGGGUCACGAAGAGCCGUUGGUGGAGGAGGCUCGGGAAUACGAGGAGCUUGAUGAUGGCGGCUCGGGCUCACGAUGAUUCCGGAAAGCGGGCGGGAGGUUUAGGAGUCUAUUCGCCGGUCCAUAGACUUCAUUUAUUCAUGUAUAGUACUGUAUAAUAUGUUACCGCAGAUGUGUUCGAACGAAAGCCGUAUAGAGGGCGUAGGAAUGGAACUGGUUGGACAACCAACGACAGGGUUUGAAUGGCCCUGAAUGUACCAUAGUUUUACAGCGGGAUCUCGCAGUUCUCUUAUCAUAAACAUAAGUAAGGGGAACACUCACAC